AGAACAUUAAACUGCGCGUCGAUCCCCACGAAAACAUCGCCAUGUCUUUUGCGCGCCCUCUCCUCCCCUUCUUCCGCCCGCUUGCCGCCCCCAGGCCCGCCGCGACUAGCCAAUUCCUCCGCUUCUCGCAAUGCGCCAGGCUAAGAGACGAAGCUGCCCCUUCAGUAGAGACCGCCUCCACCACCUCGCCCGCCGAUGCCAACGCCCAGCCCACGGGCGAAGCCCAACCCACAGGCGAAGCCCAACCCGUCCAGCUGCCAUACCACAUCUCCCGCUCGCGGAUGGGCGAGCUGCCCGUCUAUGCGAUACGUAAGCGCGGCGGCAACCUGCUCCAGACCAAGGUGCGCAGGGUCUCCGGUGAUGCCGAGGCUCUGCGCAAAGAGCUGUGCGAGCACUUGGGCCUGUCGCCAGACCUCGUCAAGGUGAAUCCGGUCAACCAACAUAUUAUCAUGAAGGGCUGGCACCAUAAAGAGAUAAACAAGUUCCUUCUGGAGAAGAAGUUCUAAGUUCACUAUCGAAAAGUUGUAUAAAUAUGUUUUUUUCUUUCAUGACUGGACCCACCAGUCAAAGGCCCGGCGUUAUACGAAGCUUAUACAUGAAGGUGAAGAAAAGUGUAUACUGGACUUGUACAAAUGAGGAGGCUUUGCUGCGAUUAUUCACUGCGGUACACUUUCAGUUGCAUGGAUUUGAUUGCCAGAAAGCCCCGAGGCUUUGGCUUUGGCUUUGUCUACGCCCCAGGAUCUCAGCCCGCGAAUUUGUCAAUGGGCAUGGAUUGUUAGCACCCAGCACAAAAAAAGCUCCACAUUGAUUCGGCGCAC